UAGAUGGCAGAAGUAGUAAAUAAGGAGAAAGAGGAGAGGGUGUUUUGGGGAAGAAAGCGGAAUGAGAGUGAGUUGUUGUAGGAAUCUGGGAAUUGCAAUAAAGGCUGUGCAUUUGCAUCUCAGGCGUGUGGGUAGUCUCUAUCGUCAUAUCCAAAGUACGCAGCUUUCUUCCUCUUCCUCUUCCUCUUCCUCUUCUCAUCAUCACCACCUGUCGUCAAUGGCGGAUCUCAAGUCAACCUUCCUCAACGUUUAUUCCAUCCUCAAGUCCGACCUCCUUCACGACCCUUCCUUCGAAUUCACCGAUGAAUCCCGUCUCUGGGUUGAACGGAUGCUGGAUUACAAUGUACCUGGAGGGAAGCUCAAUCGAGGUCUCUCCGUCGUGGACAGCUUCAAACUUUUGAAGGAAGGCAAAGAUUUGACGGAGGAAGAGGUUUUCCUCUCUUGUGCUCUCGGUUGGUGCAUCGAAUGGCUUCAAGCUUAUUUCCUUGUGCUUGAUGACAUUAUGGAUAACUCUGUCACACGCCGUGGCCAACCUUGCUGGUUCAGAGUUCCUCAGGUUGGUAUGGUUGCCAUCAACGACGGGAUUCUACUUCGCAAUCACAUCCAUAGGAUUCUCAAAAAGCACUUCCGGGGAAAGCCUUACUAUGUUGACCUCGUUGAUCUGUUUAAUGAGGUAGAGAUGCAAACAGCUUGCGGCCAGAUGAUAGAUCUGAUCACCACCUUUGAAGGCGAAAAGGAUUUGUCCAAAUACUCUUUGCCAAUUCACCGGCGUAUUGUCCAGUACAAAACGGCUUAUUACUCAUUUUAUCUCCCUGUUGCUUGUGCGUUGCUUAUGGCGGGUGAAGAUUUGGAAAACCAUAUUGAUGUGAAGAAUGUUCUUAUUGACAUGGGAAUCUACUUCCAAGUGCAGGAUGAUUAUUUGGAUUGUUUUGCUGAUCCCGAGACACUUGGCAAGAUAGGAACGGAUAUAGAAGAUUUCAAAUGCUCCUGGUUGGUGGUUAAGGCAUUGGAACGCUGCAGCAAAGAACAAACUGAGAUAUUAUAUGAGAACUAUGGUAAACCCGACCCAUCAAACGUUGCUAAAGUGAAGGAUCUCUACAAAGAGCUUGACCUUGAGGGAGUGUUCAUGGAGUAUGAGAGCAAAAGCUACGAGAAGCUGACGGGAGUGAUUGAGGCUCACCAAAGUAAAGCAAUCCAAGCUGUGCUAAAAUCAUUCCUGGCAAAGAUCUACAAGAGGCAGAAGUAGUCUAAGCCCUCCAAAUUUCCUGUAUUUUCCUCCAAAUUCUUCUUCGUUGGUGAUUUGUGUAAUUCUGUUUAAGUGCUCUUCAUUUUCUUAAACUAAUGUGUCAUUUCCUCUUUUAUUUAUUUGUAAUUUUUUUCGUAUUAUUUUUUUAAGAAGGAUUGACUUUCUCAUAAAUUUAUGAAAGCUUAUUUUCAA